AGAGCUGUGAAUGUGUCGUUCUCAGUAAAUGAGUCACUGUUUAUUGCAAAUGAAUCACGUGGAAGAAAUCUGAUCCUCAUCAUCAGGAUGAAGGAGGAGCUCGCGUGGUGGAAACCUGAUCUUCUCAUGAAGGAGGAGCUCGCGCUCAUUCACGCGCUCUUGAAGAACCAGACGAGACACUUAACGCGCGGAGCGGGUCUUUAAACACACACAAUUUACACACUCAAAUAAUACACUUCUCCGUCGAGGUCUUACAGGAUGUUUUGGUGUGUGUGAUGAUGCGACGGGUCAGCCGGGUGUGUGGAAAUGCUUCACAUGACCCCUGACCUCUCCUGCUUGACCCAGUACAAGACGCCGCCCCCCUUAUCCUGAAACCAUGGACGUACACGUGCACCGGACGCCUCAUUACGGGCUGAAAGACCGCCAGCCUGAGGAUGAUCUACAGUUCCUCAGUCUUGAGGAGAGGGAGUGUAUUUUGUUCUUUGAGGAGACCAUCGGUUCUCUGGAGGAGGAGUUUGAGAAUGACGGAGCGGGAAGAACGGCACAAAGGCACACACCUGCAGAGAUGCGCCCGGCCUCGUAUGAGAGAGAUCAUGACAUCAUUGAUCUGGUGCACGUUACACCUGAAGACAAACGCACAAACGUCAUGCCAGAUUUCCAGAAGCUGAUUAUACCUCCAGAAACCCACUAUGAGAUGAAGCCCCAACGUGAGCCCCCCAUGAAUUUCCCUCCAGGGCUGAACAUCACAUCUCCAGCAUCAGAGGAAGGUGGACACCUGCCACCACCCGGUUCCAUUCCCACCCCCGUCGUCAUCGCUAGUAAGAUCGCCGAGCACCAGGGUGCAAACUCUGCAUCCGCAUCGCCUUCGGUUCUGCUUCAGCGCAGGCUCAGUCUGGAGUUACCGCAGAACCCCGUGACCAAACACGGCCCUCCGACUCAUGCCAAGCCCACGCACCUCCCUGACAACAUCAGUUUGUUGCUCGGCAGCCGGGAACACAUACCUCAUUCCAUUGCCAUGGAAGCCGUCAACGCGCAGGAGCGACGGGCCCAGAUGUUAGCUAACCUCACCGGCCCCGCACACCCUCUGGAGGGCGGAGAGCCGUCUUGCGUCCGCAACCUUCCCACGCGAAGCGUGUCGUUCCGACAGCCGACGCCAGACCAGUCCAGGAUGGAGGCCCUUUCGAAGCUUGGACUGGCUCAGAGACGAACGCAGUCGGUCAUGCAGCCCUCUGCAGACUUUAACAAAGACAGCAGCAGCGGUAGGACGGCUCUCAGGAGUAACAGCACAUCGAGGUACACCCUCAGCAGUGUGAAUGAGCCUACCAUUGCUAGUAUGCCUCCACAAAAUGCUAACAUGGCCAUCAAUCAUAAGAAUGGCAGUACAUCCAAAGUUCACGGUUUUGACACCACCGACUACUCCCAGAGCAAAAGCACCGUAGACAGACAGGACAAGUCUAGUCAAUCAGCAGCGAUAACAAGUGGCGAGAUCAGACACGGUGAUUUUAACAGCUAUGGUGGGAAGAGCAUCAUCUUAAACCCCGCAACAUCCUUCAAAUCCGGCAAAGUCCCACAUCACAAUGCCACAUCGCCCAAAUCAAACACCCCAGAAGUCCACCUCAAUAGCUUCGGCGGUUGGUCCAGAGUCAUGAACCCAUCCGUGGCGCACAGUGAUGAGCCAAACCCUGCAUACAGCAGCUACAGCCAAUCACCACCCAACACGAGUCGCAUCAGCCCACCAAACGCUUACGGAGCCAGAUCCAAGACCUUCUCACCAGUCAAAGAGGUUAGCAUAACCGCAGACGAAGACUCGCCUACAAGAGAUGCGGUACCCCUACACCCCAAACCACCUUUCCAUCCCGCCGCGACCAGACCUGCUGAACAAUCUCCCUCUGCAGCCUCAAGACCUGCACGUCACUCCGGUCCUCUGAGCCCCACCAAGCCAAGAGCCAGUCCCACGUCCCAAGAGAUACGCAGUAAACCUACAGUGAAACAGUCCUUCCGCACGCAGGGAAUAACAGUCCAGUUCUCUGGGAAAGGAGCCACAGAUGAAGCUAGACGUGAUGCCCUACGCAAACUCGGAUUGAUGAGAGGAGGCCCUUAAUUGUUCAUGUGCAAAUGUCAAUUGUUACGUUGUGGCCAAAUGGUACUAAUCUCUUUAUACUUUGUGUACAAAAGUUCCAUUUAAAGUGACAAAAUGUCUGUAAACACCCAGUUAGGAAGCUUUAUAAGGUGUCACUUGUUUAUAUGUUGCCAAGUCGUUUUUUUUACUUUGUAGCUACUUUUCUAUGGAUGUAAAAUGAGCAACAUCCUUUCCGACCCAAUACUGGUGUGGUUCGGGCACCUGUCCAGUAGGGGUUACCCAAAGCCCCUGGAAUAAAUGACUUUUAUCUUGUUUUUGUGAUUUGUGUAGGAUGAAAGUAACAUAGAAAACUUACCUAAUCAAGAAUAUUUAUUUGGAAGACACUUUAAUGUAUAACAACACAGUGUCUUUAAAGUAUAAAUGUAAUAGUUAUUUGGGAUCAAACCCCCGUGCUUGGUGUUGUCAGCACCAUGCUCUACCAACUGAGCCACAGAACUUAAGUGCGUUUGGUUAGUUCUUUUGGUCUUUGUAUAGUGUGCCAGAAGUAGUGUGUCAGAAGUAGUGUGUCAGAAGUAGUUUGUCAGAAGUAGUGUAGUGCACCAGGAGCUCUCCUGAGCUCUCCUGAGCUCUCCUGAGCUCUCCUGAGCUUGCAGCCUCCAGUGGUGCAGUGGUAGAACAUCGGUUAUUUAAAUCUGAGAUCCAUGGUUCAAGACCCGGUGAGAAUGUUGUGUACUUUGUCUGUUUUGUCAACGGAUGCCAAUUUCGAGAGACGAAUACGCCAGGAGAUGUGUCAAUAACGUGCAGGCUCCAGUGGCUUGAUGCUAGAGAGACGGUAACGUGAUUCAAAGGUCCAGAGUUCUAGCCCAGGUUGCUGUCCUACCCAGAACCGCAGAGGGGGGGGUUGUUUGGGUUGUCUCCCCCCCCGGGUUUCGGGAGUAUGAACGCAGGGGUUAUGCAUCUUUUUAUUGUGCGCUGUACGACGUAUAAUUAAUAUAUACACUAAUACUCGACGACUACAAUAAUACGCAUCUAUACAACACUUGCGACGACUAAAUCAUGACAGCUUUCACAGACUUUAAUAGACACUUUUAUUAAUUUUGUUUUUAAGUGUUUUAGAUACUAAUUAGUUAACUUCCUAAAGUUCUUUACAUUUUUAUUUUUGUCUAUUUAGUAUGCAUACUAUGCAUACUACUGUUAUUGGAUUAGUUAACUUCCUAAAGUUCUUUACAUUUUUAUGUUUGUCUAUUUAGUAUGCAUAGUAUGCAUACUACCUUUAUUGGAUUAGUUAGCUUCCUAAAGUUCUUUACAUUUUUAUGUUUGUCUAUUUAGUAUGCAUAGUAUGCAUACUACCUUUAUUGGAUUAGUUAACAUCCUAAAGUAUUUUAGAUUUAGUGUUUGUCUUUUUUGUAUGUUAAGUAUGCAUACUACCUUUAUCGGAUUAGUUAACUUCCUAACGUUUUUUAGUUGAAAGAUUAUUUAUUGUUGCUAGUAUGUCAACUAUGGAGAUGUAGUAUGUAAAAGUAUGCAGUUUUUUACUGUUAAGAUAAUUUUCUAAAGUUUCUUAUGAGUAUGUAAAGCAUGCAAAGGCAGUAUGCAGUGUGGUUUAUUAGUAUGUUUAGUUAACAACCCAAGAGAAAAAACGUUUAUUUAUAAUCAUCAAAGUGAGCAGUUUCUUAAAGUGCUUCUUUAUUAUGCCUUAUGUGUUUGUUUAGUUUGGUGUCACUUGUUUCAGACCAUGUGGAUAUGAUAUAGUUACUUAUCUUCAGGAAACUUCUUUAUUGUGAAUUUGGAUAAAGAGAGAUUUACUCCAGGUAGCAUGGCAUGUAUAGGUUGACUUGGUUCUGUUUUUUUAUUUGUUAUUUACCUUAAUGUUUAAAGUCAUAUUUUUCCUGAUAUAAGAAUCAUCUGAUGGAAGCCAAUUUGUUCAGGUUGGUUCUCCGCUCAGGUGUAUGUAAUACCUCAUGUUUGUAAACAUAUUCAUGUUGUCACAUUGUCUGUAAGCAUGCAGAUAGUUCAUGAGUUUCAGUCUGAUGAAAUGCCAGUGAAUAAUAAUGUUGUAUUUAUUCUGUGAUGUUGAAUUAUGGGCACUGUUUUCUGCAUUCCUUUGCCGUGGACCACAGAGGAUCUCAGGCUAGUUUGAAGUCGAGAUCCUCCCACACUAAACCACAGACAUCUAAAUCUAGAUCCUGCUGUGGAGAGAAAAAUGAGUCUGGAAGCACAUGAGGAUAUAAUCCAGCAAGCAAAUGUGUGUGAAACAUCGAUGGCUUCUGUUGUGUGUGAUGUGUAUUUCAGUGUGAAUGAGUUGAGUGAGUGUAAAAUGUUGUGUGUGAUUUGUUGUAGUUAUUUUUGUUUGUUUGUUUUGACUCCGGUUUUUUGCUUUCACUAAAGCAUUUUUUGAAGGAUACUGGAUGUGUGAUUGAGAACACAACACACACACAGUAAAGCAUACACUUUCUUUUCUCCUGUUUGUGUAAAUGUGAACCCGGCUUUAUAUGUUAUGAUAAUAAUAAAGAGUUGAAACUCA